AUGUUACUCGCGUUUUCCCUUCUUCUGGGCCUACCAACGGCCCUCGUGGCUCAUCAUUCUCGUGAGUUUUUUUUAGUAGUUGCUUGCACGCGCAACGGUAGCGAAGCGGCAUUUUCGAGAGAAAAUCAUCGUUCGUUCGAUAGCACGUCAACAUGAGAGGGUCACCGAGAGACGAGGGGGGCGCAGAGUAGUCCCGCAUUUUCAAGUCGCGAUAAAACGGCUACAAUUGACAAUUUUUCUUUGCUGGCUCAAAUUUGAACUUUCAGAGAUAUCCAGGAGCUAGGUUGAAACGACAGUAUUUGAAAACAGGUUAUGUGUCAAAAUGACGCUAAAGUUGGACCGUUACGCGACCGCUUUGCGUCUCAGUGCAAAUAACUAACAAAUUUCAUAAAAUCGAAGUAAUAUGAAAUAAAAGGAACCAGGAAAAUUAUUGUUUGUUAUAAUAGGUGUUUUCUGUGCUGUGAGCCCUUACUUCUAGUAAGCUAGGGAGUUGGGCAUGUUGAGGCGUUCAGGACCUUUCUGGUACACCAAGAAGAUUUCUGCCCAUUUUAAAGGAAAUUUUUAAUCCCAAAGCAAUAUCACUUUUGUUUUGACACACUUCUUUUCAAAACAAAGUCAAAAAAAAAACGAAAUGUACUGAAAACAAAAUUUGGAAUGCAGAUAGAUGUCCUGACACGACUUGGACGUUGUUCGAGCGAACGGGAGGCCGUUUUGUUUGCAUCAAGGUUCGUUUCGAAUAAGACAUGAACUCUCAAUUCAAAAAUUGUUUUUUUAUGAUGAUCGAACUAGGUUCUACAAACGAUUCGAAAAAUUAAAAAUUAAAUAUUUUCUAAAAACGUUACCAGUCAGUUAUCAUUACACGCGACUGUGCUAUCAACGGUGUUUGAAAAUGUAAUUAAAUUGAAUUUCUCUCUCGAACAGGAAGAAAAACCUUGAAGAACUCUACGAUCCGAUUUCAGUUCUUUGACGGAAAUGUGAACAGACCAGACGCUGAACGAGGCUGCAACUAUCAAGGAGCUUCAUUGAUUGGAUUCGAGAACGAGCAGGAAUUCGAAUUUAUCCGAGGCAUAUUAUGAGCUUUCUAGCAAACAAUUCCUCUGGUCUAGUUUAACGAAUUGAGUUUGAAACGUAAAAACUUAUGAAAAUCGGUCACGCUUCAUUUUAAUUUUCCAUUCACAAUAAUUUUCAUUCCGGCUUUUCGAGCAUUCAAAAUUCAAACACCAAUGAGAAAAAAAAGUUUUCUGAAAGUUGAGAGCUGAGAACUUUCGAUAUAAAAUUUUUUGAGGAGUUCUAAUUCAAACUCAAAAGGGUCAUUCCUGAUUUCUCGCUUGAGAAACUUUCUCAGGCACAAGCAAAUUCUUCAGGCAACAAAAAUUAGUUUCCAGUUCGAGCAACCUAUACUCGUAAAAAGUUACUUUAUAUUUUUAAGGUAGCGCUUGGAAAAGUUUUAGCAAGUACCAUCUACCCAAAGGAGGAGCUUAUUGGAUCGACGGGAUGCGAACUCCGGGAUGUCACAAACCUGCAAAUGGCGGUUGCAGCUUUUCUCAAGUAUUUUCUGGAAGCCUCGCUAGACCCUUCAUUAAUAAAAGCUUAGAUUUUUGGCUGGACUAAUGGUUUGACGAAAGGGACUUUUGCCUUUUCAAAAUGGGCGACCGAAAAAUGGGGAGAGCCGAACAACGUUGAAUACCGGUGUGUCUCUCUGAACUAGCCUAACAAGGAGUGUCAUUUUACUUUGAGGCCAGGAACUAUACGAAAACUGGCCAGAGUGCUCUUUGAUGCGCGAAAUCCAAAAAAUAUCACCUGGAAAAUUUUCUAGUUUUUGAGAAAACAAACUUCAAAAUUAAAUAAAACCUCGAAACCUCCCUGGCUUUUCAUUUACAUUUUCUCUUUUGUUCCUGAACAAUCGGCGGACGUGUUCAGCAGGCGUGGCUUCAUGCAAUGGUGGCGCGGUUCAUUGAAAUAUGCAUGCGGUAACGAAAGCCGAUGAUUGUGGCUUUACUGGUUGUGAAAAGAGCCUCAAAUAAUGUUGUUUUAAGGCUCUUACAAAUUUUAGAAGGUCUCUGAUGCCUUUUUAACUCACAUUGAAGCUUUUAAAAGAAAAAAAAGAAUGAAAUAACUCUUGCAAAAGAAUUUAAAAGUCAAACUUCGUUUUUACAUCGAAAAGUAUUUUAGUCAACUUUUUGGAAAAUUCUCAUCCGUAGAGUAAUAUGACCUCACUUGUAAGAGUGAAUUUUCGAUUUCAGCGGAGAGGAGGAAAACUGUCUGCAGGGAAUCUUGUUCUACGAAUGGCCGCAGUUCAACGGAUUGCUUAACGAUUACCCGUUCGUUGCUCGAUUUUAAAUUCUUCUCACUUUUAUUCAUAUAUAAGAUGUUCGCUCAAAGACUCAACGAGAGGUGAUUUACCUAUGUAUACCAUAUACGGUUAUGUCUGCGGACAAUUUGCACAGCCGAUCACCCCACCUACGCAACCUCCAACUACAACUGUUCCAAAAGACGAAGAUUGUGAGUUGAUAAUUUUAUCAUCUUUUCGAAAGAAUAUCUUCCAGGUUCAUCGGAAGAAGACAGCCGUGGACGGGAUCGCUCCCAAAGACGCCGUUUAUAAUUUAUUGAGAAAAUUAAAAAAAAAAUUUUCAGGCUCAUCGAGAGGAAGAGAUAGUCAUCAUUCUUCUGAAGCGCGAAGAAGACCUCGUCAUCAUUCUUCUGAAGAGAGGAGAAGACCUCGUCAUGAUUCUUCUAGAGAGAAAAAACGACAUCCCACUCCUGAGGAAAUCAAAGCUCGUUCUUGA